AUGUCGAAACUGGUAAAAGGGGAUUUCUACGCGGAGAGUUACUACGAUUACGGACUCUUGGACCGAAAUAACUACUUCCGGGGUAUAAACUCUACGGGAAAUAUCGACGAGGCCGGUUCGUCAGCCGUAUUUCGAAGCAUCCUGACCAUACUGCUACGUGUCGGAUUUCUCCUCGUUCAAAUUGGCAGCGUUCCCGUGGGCAACGUGAACCUCAUCCUCCUCCACAACAUCGUCGACUUUUGCGCGGUGACCUUGGUCUACAUCCUUGUCGGUUUCGUCAUCGCCUUCAACGGCGACGUCUCCGGUGCCGUUGGCGAGGGUGUCUGGAUCGGAGACGGCAGGGCGAACAUUAACGACGCGGUUCUGGGAUGGGAGGCGGCGGUUACGGCUUCGGCGAUUUGCACCUGCGGAAUAGUCGGAAGGAUGCACGCGGUCGGGUACCUCCUCACGGCGAUCCUGAUCUCUGGAAUGGUCCAGCCGUUCCUGAUCCACUGGGCUUGGACUCCGCGGGGUUGGAUGGCCGACAAUUCGCUAACCGGGAAGUCCGUCUCCUUCAAGGACUACGGGGGCGGAGGAACGGUUCACGUGGUUGGCGGUCUCUCUGGAUUUCUUGGCUGCGCGACGUUGGGUCGAAGGAUACUGAGACUUCGGGAUAUAGACGACGCCAGUCUACCCGCCGAUUCUCCGGGAAGCGCUUUCGCCGGAUACCUCUUGAUAUUCCUCGGUCUCCAAGGAUUCAGUCUGCCCAUCUCCGACCACGGCAACUCCAAGGCACCGCCACCCGGAACACCCUACAUCCUGAUAAACAACCUACUCGCGGCGUCAUCCUCUUCCCUCUUCGUCGUAGCUCUACACUUCGCCCUGACCCGAGAGGCCUUCAACUACUGGACCGUGAUGCGGUGCGUCCAGGGUGGAAUUUCCGGUAUGGUUGCGAUCGCCGCAGGCGUCGACCUUUACUCGCCCUUCGUCGUUGUCGGCAUCAGCUGCGCCAGUGGCCUCGUAUUUUACCUGGUCUCGAGGCGAGUUUACCGCAGUGCCCUCGAGGACUACUGCAACAUCGUCGCCACCCACUUGGCCUGCGCUCUCUUCGGCAGUUUGCUUGCACCAUUCUGCGGCAGGCCGAGAGGCAGUGACGCCAUAAACCACACCAUGGUGCUCGACGUGGCCUGGCAGGUGAUCUGCGUCUUGGCCUUGAUCUCAGCUGUGGCACUGACCAUGUGGCCGCUAUUCGUUGCCCUCGAGGUCUGCGGCUUCCUCCGGAAUCGAUCCGAAUUCAUCAACCACCUCAGAGCGAUAACCGCUCUCGAACGUGGACCACCCAGAUCCUACAUGCAGAGGCUCUUCUUCCCCGGCGUUGAGAGUGUCUACCUGCAGCCAGGGUCAGCGAUCAGAAGUGAACCGGGGCCGCAGACAAUGAGCCCAAGAAUGUGGAGGUUUCAACAAGAGAUAACCAGACUGGAGCAAACCAGAACAAAGCAGACUGCUGACACGGAAUUGAUGGAAGGUGCAGAGGAGUUGGUCGCUGUUCCGGCAGCCAGAAAAGUUAAGAAGGUCAGGCAGAUUUACACUCUUCCGAGAAGUAGCGCUUCGGGACACGUCGACGUUGGAGGAACCGGAGAGUCCUUGGAGAACGGAAUCCGUCCUGUUAAGCAAAGUCUGCUGGAGGUGGAUGACACCAUGUCGAGGGUGCUGGUUGAAGGUGGCAAAGAUGGGCUCAGAGAUGCGGCCAAGCUUCAGAUUUUGCAGAAGAUUUUUUUUCCCGGAAAUUCUGCCAGCGGCCAAAAGUACAGUUUGAUUAAACAGCUUGGUAUUCCGUUGCACAGGACACAGAAGUUCACUAGUCUACAUUCUGUAGAGCCCCACUUUUCGGAAGAAAAACCAACUCCUGAUGAUCCAGCCGUGUGGCCACCGUCGGAUUUUACAGUUAAGGUUCUUAUGGAACCUAGAAGAGAAAUAAACUGUUCUAGUGACUCCGAUGAUGAACUUGCAGUUCCGGAACCGUUCGAAAAUCUUAAUCAAACCGUCUGA